AUGCGGAGGCCGCCGCCCGCGGGGGUGUCCUGCCGCCGCCGCGCGAUCGAGGGGCUGGCCACCGCGCUCCUCCUCUACGCGCUGCUCGUCUUCCUCCUCGAGUCGCCGCUCGUCUCCAACCCGGCACAGGACGCUGCCACUGCCGCUGGGUCGCGCCCUCCUCUCCACCUCCACCGCGCCGACGACCGCGCCGCCCCCGCGCGCCCCGACAAACAGCCCCGUCCCGCCUCCGCCAGCCUCUCGCGCAUGGUCUCCGGCCUCCACCUCCGCCUCCUCAACUCCUCGCGCUCCGGGCCCCUCCGCCGCCCGAUAGCCGACGCUGUCGCGGCCGGCGCGCGCGUCUUCUCCCAGCUCCAGACCCUCCACCCGCCCGCCGCCGCCGCCGCGCCGCCCUCCCGCGACGUGUGCGCGCAGUCCAUCGUCCUAACCGCCGACGAGUUCCGCGAGAGGGGCCGCGUCGCGGAGCUGCCGUGCGGGCUCACUCUCGGCUCCCACAUCACGGUGGCGGCGACGCCUCGCGCGGCGCACGCGGAGGGCGACCCGACGAUCGCGCUGCUCAGGGACGGGGAGCAGCCCAUCAUGGUGUCGCAGUUCAUGAUGGAGCUGCAGGGGCUUAAGACGGUCGACGGCGAGGACCCGCCCCGCAUCCUCCACUUCAACCCGCGGCUCCACGGCGACUGGAGCGGCAGGCCGGUCAUCGAGCACAACACAUGCUACCGCAUGCAGUGGGGCACGCCGCUGCGCUGCGAGGGCCGGAAGUCCCACGUCGAUGAGGAAACCGUGGAUGGUUUGUGCAAGUGCGAGAGGUGGAUUCGGGACGACCAAGAGCAGCCUGAGGAGACCAAGGCAGCCUGGUGGCUCAACCGGCUCAUCGGCCAGAAGAGGGAGGUCAACAUCGAUUGGCCCUUCCCGUUUGUGGAGGGCAAACUAUUUGUUCUUACUCUCAGCGCUGGAAUGGAGGGGUACCAUGUCAAUGUGGACGGCCGGCAUGUGACUUCUUUCCCUUACCGCACUGGGUUUGUGCUUGAGGACGCCACAGGAUUGUCAUUGAAUGGGGACCUUGAUGUGCAAUCAGUGUUUGCUGGGUCCUUACCCACUACGCACCCCAGUUUUGCACCACAGGAUUAUCUGGAGAUGUCAACUCUUUGGCAGGCACCCCCUCUGCCUGAUCACCCAGUUGACAUUUUCAUUGGCAUCCUCUCAUCGGCCAAUCAUUUUGCUGAGCGUAUGGGUGUCCGUAAGACAUGGAUGUCUGCUGUAAGGAAGUCACCAAAUGUUGUUGCUCGCUUCUUUGUUGCACUGCAUGGCAGAAACGAAGUGAAUGUCCAGUUGAAAAGGGAGGCACAAUUCUUUGGAGACAUUGUUUUUGUGCCAUUUCUGGAUAACUAUGAUCUAGUUGUUCUCAAGACUCUUGCAAUAUUGGAGUAUGGGCUUCAUGUUGUCUCUGCUAAAUAUGUAAUGAAGUGUGAUGAUGAUACUUUUGUAAGACUUGACUCAGUAAUCACUGAAAUUGUUAAUGUGCCAAGUGGUACAAGUCUUUACAUGGGGAAUAUCAAUUUCCACCACAGGCCAUUGCGCCAAGGGAAAUGGGCAGUGACUUAUGAGGAGUGGCCAGAAGAAGAGUAUCCAGUCUAUGCUAAUGGCCCUGGAUAUGUUAUAUCAUCCGAUAUUGCUGCUUUUGUUUUGUCAGCAUUUAGGAACAAAACAUUGAGGCUCUUCAAAAUGGAAGACGUGAGCAUGGGUUUGUGGGUUGAGCAGUUCACUAGGACAAGGCACGUUCAAUACAUUCACAACAGCAAGUUUUGUCAGUUUGGAUGCAUAGAUGAUUAUUAUACUGCACAUUACCAAUCUCCAAGGCUGAUGUUAUGUAUGUGGCAAAAGUUGCUGGAUGGAAAACCAGAAUGUUGCAAUGCAAGAUAACAGUAAUGGAACCAGUAGGGGUUGACUAGUUAACUCUAGGCCAUAGUGUCAAUCUUCAUUGUUCAAGAAAUGAUAUGGUCUCACUGAUGUUCAUCACCACCCAGGAUUGACUAAUUAUAUCAUGAUGGUGCAUUGUGCCU